GCGUAGGCGGCGGCGGUCCUGGUAGCGCGAGGCGUCGUCGGGUGGGUUGUCGUGAAGAUGAGCCAGACCGUUGUUCUGCUGCUGGUGGCGAUAUCCGAGAGCAUCCUUCUGGGUCUUGCCGUUGUCCACGCCAUCAGUUGGUUAUCGUUCGCUGGUGCUACCAUCGCAUCUUUGCUGCUGACGGCAGGGAUGGCGAUUUUCUCUCUGGGCAACGGGCUCAUCGGGCGGCGGCUUCGCGUUUUCGCCGUGGCUGUGACCGUCUUCGCCGAUUACAAGGUGACUCAGCAGCGUGCAAAGUGGGCGAAGUCGGAUGAGAAGCAGGACGAGCUGUGGGAGCGCGCUCACGAGCGCAAUGCCCGACGAGUGUUCAAGGCGAUUCUCAAGCUGGAGGGUCUGUGGGUGAAGGCGGGCCAAUACCUUUCUACCAGGGCGGACGUUCUGCCGGAGCCGUAUAUUCGCUGCCUACGACUGCUGCAAGACAGACUCCCCCCGCGUCCUCUGAACGAAGUCCUGGCCACGAUCGAGAGUGAGCUGGGCAGGGCCGUGCAUUUGCUGUACGAGCGUUUCGACAACGAGCCGCUGGCGACGGCGUCCAUCGCUCAGGUCCACCGCGCUCUGACGAAGGAUGGGAAGGAUGUUGUGGUCAAGGUGCAGCACUCGGGGGUCAAAGAGCGGAUACUUCAGGAUUUGGAGAACCUGCGGACGAUCGUGGAGUGGGUGGCCUGGUCAGAGCCGUCGUACAACUUCGCCCCCGUAGUCGACGAGUGGUGUGUGGAAGUGCCCAAGGAACUGGAUUUUGUGAACGAGGCCGAGAACACGAGGAAGGUCGCAGAGAAUCUGAGCCGUCCGAAGGUCGACUUGGAGAUGGCGGCGGCGCCGUGCUUCUGCUCGGCGUGCUCGUAUUCUUCUGGGUCGUCGUCUUCGUCGGGAGGGAAGAACCACCAUCGCUGCGAGACGCAGAGAAAGCAGGAGGAGAUCUGCGUGGACGUGCUGCUGCCGGAAGUGGUGCAGGCGACCGAGAAAGUUCUCGUGCUCUCGUACAUGGAAGGCGUCCGAUUAAACGAUGCAGAAGCGCUGGAGAAGCUGGGCGUGGACACGCAGGCGCUGGUCGAGUCGAUCACGCGGGCCUACGCGCAUCAGAUUUACAUCGACGGGUUUUUCAACGCGGAUCCUCAUCCCGGCAACUUCCUGGUUAGUCGCGAGCCUCCCUUCAAGCCCGUCUUGCUCGACUUCGGGCUUGUGAAGGCCAUAACGGCGAAGAUGAAGGUUGCCCUCGCCAAGCUGUUGGUCGCCGCGGCGGAGAAUGACUACGCGGGAUUGCUCAGCUCGUUCGACGAGAUGGGACUGAAGCUGAACAUGGACAUGCCGGAGGACGCGAUGGCGAUCACCUCCUUUUUCUUCCGCAAGGCGGCGCCCUCGCACGAUAGCGGCGGCGGAGGCGGCGGCGGCGGCGGCGGCGGAGGAAGGCGGCAGAAUGGCAAUAACGCCGCGGGUAAUAACAACGAUGUGCCAGGGGGCACGCGCGGGUCUUCGCCUUCUCUUUCUAACCCCCCUUCACUGCGGGAAGAUGACCGGGGAAGGGGCCCGAGUUAUCGGCACGAGGAGGCGAACGCGUGGAGGAAAGAUAGGGAGGACAGGAUGCGGCGGCGGCGGAUGACCGACGGGCGAAAUCCCCGCCGGAAUCCGGUCGAUGCGUUUCCAGGAGAGGCGGUGUUCUUCAUGCGCGUGCUGAACCUCCUGCGCGGCCUCUCGUCGUCGCUUAGUGCUAGAGUCAUCUACCUUGACAUAAUGCGGCCGUUCGCGGAGGCGACUUUGUUCAGCGGCAGCAGCUUGCUCGGUGGGUGUUUACAACCCUCGGGCGGAGGCGGGUUUGUCUUGGACACCCCCGUUCGAGGGGACGUGGACGCCAAGACACGCCAGCUGCUGGCGAAGCUCGGGAGCGAGGGGCGGAUCCUCGGGAUUCAGGUCUGCGCGUACAAGGACGGAGAGAUUGUCGUGGACACGGCCGCCGGUCUGAUGGGCAAGUACGAUCCCCGACCCGUGCAGCUCGAUAGCUUGUUCCCCGUCUUCUCCGCCACGAAAGGCGUGACGGCGGCGCUGGUUCAUUGGCUCGCCGAGCAGGGAAAGCUCAAGCUGGACGCACCGGUGACGUCGGUAUGGCCGGAGUACGGGAACAAUGGCAAGGACAAGACCACCAUCGCGCACGUGCUGACGCACCGAGCAGGGCUUCCCAACGCUCUGACGUCGUUCCUGAUCGGGUCCCCCUUCACCAUGUGUAAUUGGAAGGACAUGGUGCGUCGGAUUGCCAUCGAGCGGCCGGAAACGGCCCCCGGCUCGCAGGAGCAGUAUCAUUACCUCAGCUUUGGUUGGCUGGCAGGGGGUAUCGUGGAGAAGGCGGCAGGGAGGUCGUUCAAGAGGGUGCUCAACGAGGCCUUCACCAAGCCGUUGAAGGUAGAGGGAGAGUUUUUCGUUGGCAUCCCGCCCGGCGUCGAAUCCAGGCUCGUGACCCUGGCAAUCGAUAAGGAAGACGGACGAGGUACUACUAGGCCUCCUAACCCGCCGCCGGCCAAUAAUCCUCCCCCCCCCCCAGCCAGGAGUCAGAACGAAGUGUCACGUGGCGGCGGCGAUUGGCCCGUCGCCGCUGCUCGGUCAUCCUCGCCUGCUCGGCAACGGCAUCAUCAUCAUCAGCAAGAGCAACGGCCUCAUCAUUAUCAUCAUCAGCACCAGAUGCAAGCUCAGAAAGGAGAGCAAGCUUUGCAUCAUCGCCAGGAAGACGUACGAACCCCGCCGUCGCAGAUAUCCUCCGCCUCCUCCCUCGACGCACGAGCCUACGCUUCUCCGGUGUUAUCUUCUUCGAGAGCGACCUCCUCCUUCUCUUUCGUGACAGCUUGCGUGGAUGUCAACGGAGAUGGCGACGGCGAGGAGACCGUGCAGCAGGAAGGAGGGGGUGCCGACGAAGAGGAGGGAGAAGAGUUCUCCUCCUCGUGUGAGCUGUCGGAUAGUUGCUCGGGCGGAGCCGCGACCGCCGCCGCAGCCACUGCCGCCGCCGCCGCCGACAACGCGCCAAAGGCGGUGGUGGAAACGCCGUUGCCAUUGUCUCCUCGUCGUCAGCCGACGACGUCGGCGGCGACGGUUAGUGCUGCUGUGAAUGUUGCGAUGGCAGGCCAGACUGCGGCUGCUGCUGCUGUCGAUGCGCCUUCUUCUCGAUCCUUCUCCCCUAGUUUUCUAGGGGGUACUGGAUUGGAGGAAGCGUUCAUGGCAGUGCCCUUGCUAUUCAACGCGCUCUUCAUUCGUCGAGCCUGCAUUCCUUCGGCAAAUGGACAUUUCUCGGCGCGGGCGCUCGCCCGCUUCUACGCUAUGAUCGCGGCUGGAGGCAAGGUGCCCUCUGUCCCGAUGAGACCGGAGGAGCCGGGUAUCUGUAGCAACACGGAUGGCGGUCUUGCCGCCGAGACGUCGUCCUGCGGCGGCUCAGCCUACACUUCUACGAGGGAUGGUGGUGGGAGAAGAGAUCAUGGAGAAUUGGGUGGGGGAAGAGGAUGGGACUCCCGGACAGCUACGACUGCUACUGCUGCCAACGGCAGUCCACCGCCAACUUCGAUGACGACAACAGCAUUUGCCGAACGGGGAGCAGCAGGAGCAUCCCGACCUGCGGCGUCGCUGACCUCAUCGUUGUGCUCCGAUGCCGCGCUUGUUGAGUCGACGGCGGUCUCGCCGUUCUCCUUGCAUGGCAAGCGGGGGUCGUUUGGAUCUGGCAGCGGCAGCGGCAGAUGCAAUGGCGCAUCCACACCGACUCGUCAGCAGCAGGACCAUACGUCGUUACCUUCGUACGCCAAUGGUGAUGUGGAGACUCACCUCGAAGUCAUGAGUCCAAUCAGUGAUGGGUUGGCCGCUGGAGGCGGCGUAGCUCCUUCCUCUUCCCCCUCCGCGCCCACCUGCGCGACGCCGUCCGCUCCAGGCUUCACACCGGUGCCCCCUGGCGUGCCCUCUUCCCCCAUGCCCCUAAAGCUGACCCCCUGCAGUAGCAGCAACCCUCACGGGGCAAGGAGUCCGGUGGCGGUGCAUCGGGGCCGAUCUCCCAAGUCCGCUAUAAUGGUAUCAUCGACGGAAGUCGGGACUGAAAAGACUCGCAGGAGUUCAAAGGGUGUGGCAUCUGCCGCAGCUUCUUCAGCAGUGUCCUAUAGGACGUCAACGGCGGCCAACGGAUCGGCUCCGACCACUCCCAAGUCUGCUUCCUCGUCAAGGCCAGCUACGCCCAGAGGAUGGAGCGCCAACCCCUUCUCAAAAUCCGGGAGGGGUAGCAAGCCUUCCACCCCGAGAGGGAAUAAUCACGCCCCGGCGUCGGACGCGCAAUUCGUGGUGGAUAUGGACGGGCUGUCCAAGCUAGAGAGCGGCACAGUGUUCAGUGGGGGACCGCGAAUCAUCGAUGCUAUGCUUGGCAUUGGAGAGUAUGCGAAUCUGUGCACGGAGAAUGGCAUGUUCGGCCUCGGCUUUCAGAGGUUCAGGACGGAAGGUCAGGAGCAAGACGUAGUGCCGCCGGACGCUCUGGUCGGAGAGGAAGAGAAGAAUAGAGAGAAGGGGAGGGGGGGGAGGGAUUCGCUGUCUCACGAGAAUGAUUCUUCCCCCUGCGAACACCGAUCUGAUGAGCGAAGGGUGGAGGAGGAUGAGGCGCAGUCGUCCUCGGACACGGAAAGAGGAUCACCGACGCGCUCUCCGAGUCCGGCUCCUGCUAACGACCGGGACCGGCGACAUAAAGCCCACGAGGGGUGGGCGUUUGGGCAUGCAGGUAUAGGAGGGACGAUCGCUUUCUGCAAUCCUGCCCACAAUUUUGCCAUUGCCGUGACUAUCAACAAACUUACAGUGACCUCCGAGGUAACUGCGUCAGUGAUCAGACUGGUGUGUACCGAGCUCGGUGUCCCUGUUCCUGACGUCUUUGCAUCCAGUACCUUCGCCAGCGCCGAGGACCGCGCACACGCUUCUUCCGGACUAGACGGGAUUCAGAUAGAUGCCAAUGGAUUCGAGACUGAUUGAAUGAACGCAUGUCAAUAAUGAAUGGAGUGGCAAGGUACUACUGGAACCAAGAGUCGGUGAGGGAAAAUGGACGAAGGGAGGAGAUAGGUGUGUGCUUGGAGCGGUCACAACACGUUAACUUUGUCUGUUGUCUGCUCCUGCCAGCAGCAUGCGGAGGCGGCAAGAGACAUGGAGGAACCUCUGUCGGGAAAGGAAGGAGAACUGCAGACAGUUGAAGGUAACAAAUGCCUGCCUGCCUGUCUGUCUUAUUGUUCUUUUAUCCUUUUCGGAUGAGGAGUUUGAGAUCAGUUUGUUUGACUCACCAACGAGCCUAGCUCAGUUGGUACACCCAUCAAGUGUUGAAAUGUAGAUCUGAGUUCGAAUCCAGAUGGAUCAGCUCAAGGUCAGUUUGACUCGGUUGUGUUGUUCUAGCAAAGAGUAAAGAGGCAUGCUUGUGUUCAGAGACUGGGAGAUGAGCCGGUUGGUAGUUUCGAUCAUUGACGUCAACGAUAAAGCAACGAAGAAGAAGAAGAAGUCGAGAGAGUGGAGGAGAGGAUGUUGAUGAUGUUGCUGCACCCGUAUCUCUCUGCGAAAUGGAUUGGCAUGAUGACGAAUGCCCAGCUCCCACACCGUUUGGUUGAACAAAACGUUUUCCAAUCUCUCCUCUUUUCUUCUUGUUCUUCCGGCUAGUAGUUUUUUGUCUACCUGUCUCUUUUUCAAGUACACUUCUCCUUCAGUACUCCCUCCACCCAUUUCUGUCUAGCGACCUACCAACGUACCUACGUAUGUGGACCGCUCUCGCCUGUGCACCCAUUUCGAAUACCACCGAGUUCAUUCCAUCGGAUCCGAUAUUUUCCUCUCCUGCAGUCUAUAUUGCACCUGUCCACCCGUCCAUCCUUUUAUCCCUCCAUCCUUCAAUCCAUCCAUCCGUCCAUCUGUCAAUCCAUCACUCCGUCAAUCCGUCAAAUCAUCAAAUCAUAAAAUCAUCAAUUUCAAUCCAUCAAUCUGCCAGCUCAUCCAUCCAUCCAUUUAUCCAUCCACCGAGCUAUCACAUCCAUCCGUCCAUCCAUCCAUGCAGGCUGCUAGUCAGCUAGCCUAUCCAUCCAUCUCUCUAUGAAUCUAUCUGUAUAACUGCUUAUAGAAAUCCAGUCGUUUGUUUCCAUGUGUUGCCAUAUUACGAUCUCUUGAAGCAUAGCGAAUGGUUCAAAAGAAAAGAAAAAGGCACCCAUUUGUUUGAUACCAAGACAGCAAGUAAUCAUUUGCAUGGGAAGUUGCAUGGAGGACAUAAUACUAACUUGCCUGUGAAUUUCCUUCCACUGUACUUACGACUGACUCCGUUGAGCUGUCCAGUUAUUGUCCUCCUGACCAUCUGUCCAUCUAUCUGCACGAUGAAUUCCAGUCCUCUCUCAGCAGUUCGUUCUGUGUACGUAUCCACCUAGCUGUCUCUCUAUCCAUUUAUCUAUCCUAGUAUUUAUCUAUAGCCUGUAGGAUUUUCCUCUGGAUCACUUCAUGUCUGUCCAGCUAUGCAUCUAUUGCGUUGUAGGUCCUUGAGCACAGGCUCCUUUUCGAGCUGAAUGCAUGGAUCGAACUCUGUACCUUUCAGAAUGCUGUUAGAGAUGCCCUGGGCAAUUGACGGCCUCCCAGGGUUAGUUAAUGCUGCUGCCUUGGACAGACUAAGAACGAGCCCCCGCCCAGGAUGGAACGGGAGAGCAUUUGUGAAAAGCAAUUGACAGAAAACACAACCUGAUCGUAUGACGACAACUGUUGUCGAACUACCGUCUCCACCCGAAUAGAAUGCCCGGUCAUUAUCCCUGUCUGUAUCUACACAAGUAACGCUGAAAGGCAUGACAUUGAAUCCUUCCCGUGGCCCUAGAUGUACGGCCUAGAUUAGGUUCCAGUCUCUAUCAAUGGAUGUGGGCGGACCAUGCUUGGUAGACCUGGGCUGGCACUACUGGAUAGAUCAUUCAUUGGUCCCUGGUUGGUUCGGACUUUGAACUUUGAACGUGGGUGCCGAUCGACCCGGUCCUAUGCCACUGGGCCUAGAACAAAUGUGAAGGCCCUAACCGCAACAGUCAAGCCCCCUGCACCCAGUUGUUGGAGGCUGGGAGGGCGCUCUUCGAUACAGUGGGAAUCACAGAGUUUCCACUAAGUCUUGUGGUGGAGUGUAUACUAGGGUGACAUUCGAUCGGGGUAAUGUCAUGCUGCUGAGGCAGUGGUUCGUUCCAGUGUUGGACCAGGUGCUGACAAUGGAAGCGGUUUGUUCCAGUGCUGGACCAGGUGCAGACAAUGGAAUAGUAACGGAGAGAACUGCUUUAGCAGAAGAGAUUGGUAAAGGAAGUGGCAAACCGUCAGUGGGAAAGUGGCCGGGUGACAGACAGUUAGUUGGGCACUUGCUGCUGACUUUUCUUUGCAUGGUGGCCAUGAGCUGUAUAUGGCUGCGGGCUGAUGUUCGAGCCAUGCCUUGGGAGCGAAAAUAUGUUUUUGAACAUGUGCGUUGUGUGGCUAUAUGUUCCAGGUUUCAGUCAUUUACUGCUUUGAUCCCGGUCAUGGAUUUGAUACCUGUCAUGUCAGUCCAUCUUUUGCUACUUUUGAUGACAACAGGCUUCACAUUGUUGUUGUCACUCUCUGCCUUUCUGUUUGUCUGUCCGUCCAUCCGUCUGUCUGUCUGUCUGUCUGUCUGUCUGUCUGUCUGUCUGUCUGUCUGUAUGUAUGUAUGUAUGUAUGUAUGUAUGUUUCUCUCUCGCUGAAGGCCGUAGAGAUCUCUGUCUCCUUUUUCUCCUUUUUCUCCUUUUUCUUCUUUUUGUCCUUCUGCUUGCAUUUGUGAAAAGUGCUUGCCCUUACUAACUGUUCCUUUGCGUGAACAUACAUAUAUCCCGUGAAUUGACUAUGCUAACCUACGUUUUUUUACGAGGACUGUCCAGAUGGAGAGGGUUCCAUGAUUGGGGAGAGCAACACAUCCGUUGGCUGUAGGAAUCCUAUUAUAAAACUUACGUGGCAUCUUGGGAGCAGAGCUUCGUGAAGCUGAUGAUGAGAUUGAGAGAAGGUAUGGGGUGGGAGAAGGUAGAGAGGACAAGCAGGAGAGGGCGCAGUGUAGCAAGCAAGCUGCUUCAGAACAAGGACGGUGUGAAAAAGGGGACUGGCCUGUGAUUCUUGUCCAAGUAGGAAACAGAUUCGCAAGCAGAAGGAGCGGUAAGACGAGGGGAAGGAACAGACUGCCUGUGAUUCUAUGGAAGAAAACGGCACGGACUGUGUGCCUAGAGUCUGCUAGAAGCGUCGAGUUUAGAAGAGUUGUGCAGUAGAUGGGGAUGCACGUGCAAACAGGUUGCAGCAGGAAUUUGCAAAGAUGCAGGUAGGGGAGGGGAUCUUGCAACCUGAACAGGUGGGGCUGAGGCAGCAAUGAAAGGGUCAAGGUGGCGACAGGCAGGCCACGGCGCGAGAGAAGUUCCAAGAACUCAUUGGUGGCAUCCCCUGACUUCUGAUUGGGAAGAUCUUUGCUGUACAGUUGGACAUUAACGGGGCACAUUGACUGACCAGUGAUAUUAUUCUGGCCAGGAAGGAGGAGGAGAAUAGACUCAAUAGAGUAGUAACAUUUCGGCAAACGGAGUAGGAUGUGGAUGGUGGAUGAGACCAUUCCUCGCGAUUGGGACUCGGAAAAGCUGUGAGCGAGCGAACUGGGGUUUUGGAUCUGGACGAAACAGGUGGUACACUUGGCUGUGUGUGUGUGUGUGUGUGUGUGUGUGUGUGUGUGUGUGUGUGUGUGCGGUUGAGGAAAUUGAAGGCACAUGGGGAAGACUGAUGAGAGGAGCAGGCAGGCACCCCAGCUUCGUCUCCAUAACGGUUGCAUGGUUCUGAGGUGUGCGCUGGCGAUCGUGUGCACCGCACACGAUUUAGAAAGCUGUGGUGUGGGUUCUGCGAACCGGAAGUCAUGAGCGGGAAGAAAUUUUCAGCAGUGGCAGAGUCAAUGUGAGCAGCGCAUUCAUCAUCAGCAUCAGCGUCAAUGAUGGGAUGAAGCAUUUUGUCA